AACCUGGUCCACACAGUGUCCUAUAGCCUCCAUUACAGACAGCACAACAGACAGAUAAAAGCAACUUGUAUUCAUUAAAAGAAAUCAUUGGAUUUAUACAGACACAAGAAACAGUGAACUCAUCAUUGUAGGACCACAUUGGCUCCACCAUGGCAUCAGCCAACAUAUCUUGGUCUAGAUCGACAGCUUCAAGUCUUUUCUCUGAAGAAUAUUCUCUCUGCAGUAACCUGAGUGAUGACGAGCUACUGCAGCUCGCCAUCGAGCGUAGUCUGACUGACAUACACUGCAAUCCCGCCAAUGUGACCAUUGCCGCUGCUUCCACACCUCCUGACCCACCUCAUGAUGAGAACCUGAACGCUACAGCCAGAAACCCCAACCAACCUGGAUACAGCUCUCAUGACCCACCUGCAAAUGACGAUUCUCAUAAUCCACCUGAAAACUCAAACUCCCAUAAUCCAUUUCCAACCACAGCACACUACAGUUCUCCAAACCCUCCAAAUGAAAGACCUCCUGAUCCGAAGACGUUUGAUGGGAUAGUCAGUCACUUCAGGACCGGUUACGGGAAGAGGAUGGUGGCAUAUCGCAGAAUUGAUGGCAGUCUGGUCCACAUCUUUCCAGAACCUGAAGAGGAGGAGGAGCCUCUGUUCAAAGCAAUCCUUGAUGGUGAUGCAAGAAGAGUGAAAGCUUUGGUGAUGCGUCCAGAAACAAACCUGAUGCUGCCAAGUAAACCGGGCUGGCUCGCCAUUCACCAGGCGGCAUGGUAUGGCAAGGACAUCUGUCUAAGAGUCCUGCUAUCAGCUCAGCCAGGGAUGAUCAACAAGCAAACAGAACGUGGGGAGUCAGCACUGCUGCUUGCCAUCAGCCGAAAUCACCUGCAAUGUGUCGAGGUACUGCUGGAGAAUGGGGCAGAUGCCGAACUCCCAAACUACGAUAGAGAGACUCCACUCUACAAAGCCUGUGAGAGGAACAGCCCUAGAUUGGUGGCAGUCUUGUUGAACCACGGUGUAGCAGUGAACACUCACUGUAUUCAGGGUUGGACCCCCCUGCAGGAAGCCGUGUAUGAAAACAAUGUGGAGAUCUGUGAGAUGCUGAUGAAGGCUGGAGCCAAACACAACCUCACCAACACGUAUGGCAUCUCACCGCUGUUUACUGCAGCUCAGGCCGGGCAGCUGGCAACACUGCGCUUACUUGUGAAACACGGUGCAGACAUUGACAGUCAGGCUCCUGACGGAGCCACUGCUCUCUAUGAAGCUGCUAAAAAUGGACAUGAAGAAAUCAUUGAGCUCCUCGUCUCUCAAAAAGCAGAUGCCAACAAACCAGGAAAGAAUGGGUUAUUACCACUUCACAUUGCUGCCCAAAGAGGAAGUGACACAAUUGUCUCCAUGUUGAUCACAGUCACCAGUAAGGUCAGAGUCUGGCGGACUGGCAUCAGUCCACUCCACCUUGCAGCUGAACGUAAUCGUAAUGAUGUCCUAGAGGUUCUGAUUGAGGCGGGUUUCGAUGUUAAUGCUCAGCUGUCUAAUGAACGAUCUAAGCUGUAUGAGGACCACCGCAGUACAGUGCUCUACUUUGCUGUCAUUAACAGCAACAUUGAUGCAGUGCGUAUGCUGCUGGAGGCUGGUGCCAACCCAAACCUAGAUGUGUUUACGCCGCUGAUGGUGGCAGCAAGGAUGGGCUGCAUCCAAAUCAUCACCUUACUGGUGGAGCAUGGGGCUGACAUCAACGCUGACAUCCCCACACACCCCACUACCUUCCCUGCUGUCUACAUAUUCUCCAUGAAAUACCUGCCCAUGUUUAAGUACCUGCUGGACAACGGAGGCCAUGCCCUCUCCUGCUUUGACUGUGUCUAUGGCAGUCAACCUCAUCCACCACUCAAAACCACCCGAUCAGAGAGGGGUGACCUUCAAGUCCUGCCAGUGGCACAGGAAACAACAGGUGUUCAGUUCUGUGAGAUGAUCUCCAUCCCGAGUAUCUGUCGUUGGGCUGGACCAAUCAUUGAUGUUCUAUUGGACUAUGUUGGCCAUGUAACUCUCUGCUCCAGACUGAUGGAACACCUGAACAGUUACCCAGACUGGAGUGUGAUCAAAGACAAAGCAGCUCCCCCGCGUCCUCUUCUGCACCUUUGUAGGUUGCAGAUUUUGCAGCUGGUUGGACAUCGACAUCUGAAGAAGUUACCACUGCCUGGAGGUUUGAUCCGCUUCCUGAUACAUGACGAGGGACUUGAGGAUGAGUGAAGGCAAACUAAUAUUUGUUUUGGUCAUACACUUCUACCAGUUUAACCCAUUUAAGUUUUUUCAAGCCUCUCUUGAAAGUAUGGAGCUCCUCCAAAACAUUAUUAAUAAUAUCUCAUUUUCAUUGUUGCUGGAAGUGACUUUCAUCAUUAUUCAUAUUUUAAAAAA